AUGCGUGUUUGCUACGUUGCCAUAGGAGCGUCUCUAUUGCUUCUCGGUUUGGCAACGCCGGAAGAGCCGCAGCAACAGCGUCGUCGUAUUCCAGCAGUAAAGUGCAAUGCUGACGCCUUCUGCAUCCCGCUCAGCAGCUGUCGCGUCCAAAGGUUCUGUCACCCUCUCAGAGACUGCGAUGAGGUCAGAGAACUCCUGGCGCGUCCUGAUCGAGAGAGUGCCAUGCGGUCUCGGUGUGUGAUUAAGAAGCCCAGAUUUACAUGGGUAUGUUGUAAUCAGCUGCAUUCCAGACGAGACCUCCCUACGCGGCCAGUCUCACCCUCAGUACACCCAACACCGAAUGAACCUGCAGGACAGCCUCGAUAUACACCACCAGCAAGACCUAGAACACCCACACGACAACCGUUCACCACUUCUAUCGCCAACAACAAAAUGCUUCUACCCGCUUCUUGUAACCCCGUGCGGAUCCACAGCGGCCACAGCGCGCGCCAGGAGGACCACCCGUGGAUUGCUGCCCUUGGAUACGCCGGUAUUUGGGUCGGAUGGAAUUGUGGAGGGGCGCUUAUUAACGAAAGAUACAUUAUCACAGCCGCCCAUUGCUUGCAUAACCGCUACUUGAAGGAUGCAGUACUCACUACCAUUCGCCUCGGAACUGAAUAUUUAGAACCGACGCAGGACGCCCAUGGAUACCAGACCUUCAGCCCAGAAGCUAUUGUCCUUCAUCCGGACUUCAACAAAUUCGGUCUGGAUUAUAACGAUAUAGCCCUGGUUAGACUCAACAGGAAUGUCGUCCUUAGCGGUCGUGUUCAUCCUGUCUGCCUUCCCCCAGCAAGAAUUGACCUCGAGGAGCAGUUCAAAGGGCAAAUGCCAGUGGCGAUUGGCUGGGGCGCCACGAAAUAUGCCAGCAGGUCAUCCGUCCUUCAGGAAAUACACCUGCCCUUCGUCCCUCUAGCGAUAUGCAGAGCAGCCUACCCGCGUUUCAAGCUAGUGGAUGAACAAAUCUGUUUCGGUGGACGCCCCAACAGAGGAACAUGUAAGGGAGAUUCUGGGGGCCCAUUAGUGAUUGGGGAAACUGUCAUUGGGUUGUUGUCCAAAGGAGGAAAAUGUGCCGAGGCUGGACGACCAGACGUUUUCACGAGAGUGGACGCCUACGUGGGAUGGAUCAAGGAGAACCUCAAGCCGUGA